AUGACCCCUGAUUAUAAGGAAUUUUUAUAUGCCCUUUGUGAUUUGUCUCAUGUUAGUCAUACGGUGGAUUUACUCUUUAAUGAGAUUGAAAAAAUUUUAAUUAAGAUUGGGCCCAAAAAAUUUAUUAGAGUAAUUUCUGAUAAUGCCUUGGCUAUUGCUGCUACAUAUAGACAGAUUAAUCAAAAAUAUCUUUCUAUUAUUAAUCUUUGUUGUAUUGUUCAUUUUGUUAAUCUUAUUAGUCAUGAUAUUUUAAAAUCUGGAAGUUAUCUAAAACGAUAUAUAGAUGAAUUGAAUAUUAGCAGAGGUGGAUUGAAGCUUUUUAUAGAAACUAGAUGGACAUCUGCAUAUAAAAUGGUUAAUUCUGUGUUUAGACUUAAACUUGUAUUAGAAAAGGUUUUAAAUGAUCAUCCUGAUGCUAUUACCAACCAAGAUGUACGAAUAAUUUUAAAGUCUCAAGGAUUCUUUCAUGAUGUGGAACAAAUAUCCAAAAUUUUUGCUCCAAUUAGAGCUACAAUUUUGCAAUUAGAAAGAGUGCAUUGUAUAAUAACAGAUUGUUUUAUUCAAUUAGUUUGUUUAAUUGUGACUAUUUCUCAUAUGCCAAAAGAAAGAGAUACGAUUGCAUUUCAAAAUCAAUGCAUAGAAAUUGUUAACAAUUAUUGGAAUGAACUUGAAGCAGAACCAUAUAUUUUACAAUUGAUGGGAUACAAAGAUAAAUUAUCUGCACAAACUCUUAUUGCUCAAAUUAUCAAAUUUAAGGAAAAAGAAUUUCCAUACAAUGUUGAAUAUGAUAGCCAACUAUUAUAUAAUGUGAAAAACAAAACUAAAGAUGAAUUAGUAGCAUUGAUUCAAAGGUCUUAUCUGUUUGAUGCCGAGGAUGAAAAUGAUAUAAGCGAAGACUAUGAAGAUGAAAAUAAUAGAGAAUCAGAUGAUGAUUUAGAGAUUCCUAAUCAUCAAGUAGUAGUUCUUGUUAUUAAUAACAUUGUAGAUUUGCAUUAUCAAGAAUUUAAUCAAGUAGGAGAUUUGUAUGUCUCUAAUGAAGACAAUGUCAAUUCUGAUGUUGCUAUGAAUGAAGAUCAUAAAUUUAAUUUAGAAGAAUUA